AUGGCCAACGAUGAUACUCCUCCCCCGAAAAAGGCCACUGGUCGCAAACUCCAAAAACGAAAUCCCAAGCUGGGCCGAUUGCCCUCCGCUCACAUUCCCGCUCGUUUGCGCCUGGGUGAUGAUGCUCAAGAGGAUGUAACCGCUCCGAAUAGAGGCACGAACAACCCUGCACAAUACAUGCAUCAAUCCGUGUUCUCUAUGAUUGCCGCUGCUGGCUCUCGAACCGAUUUCAAUGCUAGAUUCGACGAGUCAAGUGACAGCGAAGAUGAGGCACUGGAGGAAGGACAAGCCCAUACCGUGCCAACUGAUCAGCCUGCCACAGCCUCCCAAACUGUCCCGCGUGAAGCCGGCAAGACGUCUAGUGACAAGAAAACCAAGCGUCUCUCGGGAAACCUCUUCCAGUCUCUCCCACGUCUGUCAGCAAGACCUUUGACCAAGAAAUCAAAGGAAGCGGCCCAACAAUCCAGCCCUAGUCCUCCAAGCGAUUCGACUUCGAAAUCGAGAAGAAGUAAUCCACGGGACGCACCUGUGAUGAGCAGAAUCUUGACAGCCGAAGCAGAAUUUCAGGAGAAUGCCGAAGCCACUACAGAGAUGACCUCGUCCCCAGAUCGCCUAACCACAAGAAGCAGAGGUGAAUCUUCACCGCAGACGCUACUUGCUUUGAGGUUGAUGGACAUAUUCGGAUUUGAAAAGCCGGAGAAAGUGGUUGCCGAAUACCCCUGCUGGUUGCUCAAAAGUGUGCUCUUACAAGGCUACUUGUACAUCACCAAACAACAUCUUUGCUUUUAUGCCUAUCUUCCCAAAAAGUCUCACACUGUCGCCAAAACCGGAUUUAUGGCUAAGAGAGGUCGGAACAAUGCAAGAUACAGGAGAUAUUGGUUCUCAUUGAAAGGGGACGUUCUAUCCUACUAUUCCGACCCUUCGAGUCUCUACUUUCCUACUGGACAUAUUGAUCUACGUUACGGGAUUGCUGCUGCAGUGUCUGCGGACAAGAACAAGCAAUCGGAUGCUAGAGACUUCACGAUUACCACUGACCACCGAACAUACAAUCUCCGUUGUGAUACUCCACAAAGUGCAAAGGAAUGGGUGCAAUCUCUACAAAAGACUAUUUUUCGAUCACACAACGACGGCGAUAGUGUAAAAAUUUCUCUACCAUUAGAAAACAUCAUCGACUUCGAGGAAAGUCCUGUUGUGGAAUUUGCUGAGACGGUGAAACUCAGAGUCGUUGAGAAUGAUGAUUCGUACGCGAUUGACGAGUAUUUCUUUUCUUUUUUCAGCUUCGGCGCUGAUGCGUUGAGUGUUCUUCGAGAUCUGAUCGUGCAGGCUCCAAGCGGCCGGUCACCUGAUGGCCAACAGUCAUCGGCGAGCAGAGGGGAGCAUAGCCCGAGUCCGAGAACAAGACCGAAUCCUGUACGAACUGCUUCAGAAGGCGCAGUCAGCAACUCGAGAGCGGUAUCUAGCCCUCCACUCAAGGAACCUGUAAAAGCAACGUUGAUGCCAUUCUCGCUUGGAGAAGAUGGCAGAAUGUCCCCUCGAAUGAGUGGAGAGUUUCAACGUGGGAACAGCCCAUCGCGCUCUAGUGGCGAUUUUGGAGCUGAAUAUGGGCGAGCAAGUUUUGAUCGGGGCCGUAGAAGUGGAAGUACUAGUCGACUUGACGUGAGCAAGCUGAGACGUACUGGACGGUCUCCACUUGCUCGACAUCAGGACUCCGAAGAUUCAUACGUUCAGUCAAUUGACAAGGAAACCGAUUCAUCCAAUGCACCUCUGUCACCUACAGUCGAAGCACAAAUGUCAGCCAGUCAGAUAUUGACACGAAGUGAUAUGUUUCAUCCUCCUGCAGUCAACCGUAUGGAAACACUUGUUUCAAUGUCGAGUGAUGCAGGCAGAAAAUCAUCUGAGAUAGGGACAAUACUCUCUACGUCUCCUGCCGAUGGCAGUGCUCCAAUACCGAUUGGAGGUCAGAUCGAAGUAGGUGGACGCUCCCCCAGAGAUCGUCGCACCGCUUUACAGGAUGAGAUUGGGGAUCUGGACCAGGACAAGAAAUACUCCAGCUCUCCGACUCUACAGGACCUUGUCAAGGCAGGCUCUUACCCUUUACAACGUGCAGGAGCCUUUGCAGACUAUUUGAAAAAUCGUUCAACCAAUAUGAGGAAGCUUCUCGCCACAGAAUCCAUGACUUACCUAGAGAAGGUGUCUGGGAUGUGGACCGGUGGCAGAAAACACUAUGGCGAAAAUGAGGGAGUCAUUCCUGAUGAUCGAGGCAUCGAUCCCGAGGAUGAGGAAGCAAACGUCGGUCAUGGUGACAGGUUUCGAGCCCACUUUGCUUUACCUGCUACGGAGAAAUUGCAGGCGACUUACUUUGCCUUCCUACACCGUGUCCUCCCCCUCUACGGCAAGAUCUACAUCAGCAAUCGCAAGUUUUGUUUUCGAAGCCUGCUUCCUGGCACCAGAACAAAGCUGGUGCUACCCCUCAAAGAUCUCGAAAAUGUGGACAAGGAGAAGGGCUUCCGAUUUGGCUAUCACGGCUUAGUCCUUGUGAUCCGUGGACACGAGGAGUUGUUCUUUGAGUUCAAUUCGGCAGAGCACCGCGACGACUGCACCAUCACAUUGUUGCACAGUUUAGAAAGUGUUCGAUAUAUGGGCGAGUCCAGCAUAAUUGCACAUCACGACGAGGAUGAUGCAGAAAUCGCAAAGGAAGAACAUCGUCUUCUCCAGGAAGCACGCCGAAACUCUGCUGGCGACCAUCAACUGGUUCUACCAGACACUGCUGAAGCGAUUUAUAGCCACGAAGAGCGUUCUGCGGUUCUUUUCGAUGACCCUCGAGCAAGCAUUAUCAAUUUCAAGCCGACUGAAUCUCUACGCAUCACCUGUUUAACUAUUGGUUCCAGGGGAGAUGUGCAGCCAUACAUUGCUUUGUGUAAGGGACUCUUGGCAGAGGGACACAAACCGAGAAUUGCAACCCAUGCUGAGUUUGGGCCAUGGGUCAUGAAACACGGCAUCGACUUCAAGGCGAUUGAUGGUGACCCGGCCGAAUUGAUGCGGAUCUGUGUGGAGAAUGGCAUGUUUACCUAUUCUUUCCUCCGAGAAGCCUCAGCAAAGUUCCGCACUUGGAUCGACGAGCUCCUCGUUUCAGCCUGGGAAGCAUGUCAAGACAGUGAUCUACUGAUUGAGUCACCGAGCGCGAUGGCGGGUAUCCACAUUGCAGAGGCAUUGAAAAUUCCGUACUUUCGAGCUUUCACCAUGCCAUGGACGCGGACCCGGGCUUAUCCUCACGCAUUUGCCGUUCCAGAACACAAGAUAGGGGGAGCUUACAAUUACUACACGUAUGUCAUGUUUGACAAUGUCUUCUGGAAAGGCAUCGCGGGUCAGGUCAACCGUUGGCGCAAGAAAGAGCUCGGACUGCGCAGCACGAAUUUAGACAAGAUGCAACCAAACAAGGUGCCGUUCUUGUACAACUUUUCGCCUCAUGUGGUGGUACCGCCGUUGGAUUACAGUGAUUGGGUACGGGUGACAGGAUACUGGUUUCUGAAUGAAGCACAGGACUGGACACCAUCCCCCGAACUGACUGCGUUCAUCAAGAAAGCCAGGACCGACAAGAAGAAACUCGUCUACAUCGGGUUUGGCUCGAUCGUCGUGUCAGACCCUGCCGCGCUGACCAAGACAGUGGUGGAAUCCGUGCUGAAAGCCGACGUUCGGUGCAUUCUCUCUAAGGGUUGGAGUGACCGACUGGGUGACCCCUCCGCUGUCAAGACUGAAGUGCCCUUACCACCGGAUAUUCAUCAGAUCAAGUCAGCCCCGCACGACUGGCUCUUCACUCAAAUUGACGCCGCCGUGCACCACGGCGGUGCGGGAACAACAGGGGCAAGUCUGCGUGCAGGCCUGCCCACGGUCAUCAAGCCAUUUUUUGGAGAUCAGUUUUUCUUCGGGUCGCGCGUUGAAGAUCUUGGCGUCGGCAUUUGUCUCAAGAAAGUCAAUGUCAGCGUGUUCUCCCGUGCCCUAUGGGAAGCUGUGCACAGCGAGAGAAUGAUCGUCAAGGCCCGUUUGCUCGGAGAACACAUCCGAAAAGAAGACGGAGUCGCCAAUGCCAUUCAAGCACUGUACCGCGAUCUAGAAUACGCGAAGAGUUUGGUGAAUGCACGGGUUGCAACACAAGAAGCGCUUGCAAGCGCAACGAACGAUCUCGAUGACGGUAACGAAAUCGAAGAGAACUGGACGUUUAUUGGCGACGAGAGCGAUCCGGAGCUGCAGAAGCGCAUCCAAGACUGGGAUGUUCCUUCGCGCGGACGUGGCCCUCGGGUCAGUCUGGAUUUAGCUGCUGGGCUGCGAGCCGUCCAGGGGGUUGAACCGGCCAGGAAGAGUAGUCUCAAUAUCAAGAGAUAG